AUGAACGGCUUCACGCCUUCAGCAAUUAACACCAGUGAGAGUUGAUUGACUUCGAGUCGGAGCAGGGCGAUUUGCGCACGUAACUGCACGUUUUCGUUUUCCAGGACCUCAACUUGGUGCCGGUUGGCGGCUUCUCUUUGCCUACGAACUUCUCGGGAACGUCGAGCAGAAUCAUUGUUCUUCCGCCGUCUUUCGAGAUAA